AUGGCCAAAAGUUUCCUAAAUAGCUUGUCACUUUUCUGGUACACAAUCCUGUUAGCGGCACCAGUUUGUACCCUUUUUGCUGUUUCUGUAACCCUGCAAUCUGAUAUUCAAAUAUUGCACAGCAUCAAGGAGGCUAUUGAUCCCAACUCACUCUCCCCAACAUCAUUUCUCAGCACUUGGAAAUUUGAUUUAGAUCCCUGUGAAACCACUGGACCUCAUUUCCUCGGAAUAUUAUGCACAGUUCCUGAAGACAAUUCUAGCAGCCGAGUUACUGUAAUUGAUCUAGAGGGAGAUGUGUUGGAGGGCUUCUUGACACCAGCGAUCGGGAACUUAUCUGAGCUCGAAGUAUUGAAUUUGAGAAAGAACAAGUUCAGGGGGCCGAUUCCAGAUACUAUAUCAAGCUUGUUAAAGCUUACCAAACUGCUCCUAUCUGAUAAUUAUUUCUCUGGUGGCAUCCCCGAAGGUUUGAACCGGCUGAAGGCGCUCGAAGACAUUGACAUGUCAAGGAAUAAGCUGUCUGGCACGAUUUCUUUAGGCAUCACUGGUCUAAGGAGCUUGACUCACUUGAGUUUUUCAGGCAAUUCCUUAUCAGGAAGAAUUCCAGAUCUUUCAGGGCUGUGGCAGCUGAAAACGUUGGAUCUCAGCAAUAACCAAUUCUACGGGAACCUGCCUCAGCUCCCAAUAAGUUUAAGGACAUUGCGACUGAAUCGAAACUUGAUUUCAGGCCACAUUUCAUACCUCAGGAGGCUUCGUCAUCUUCAAAUAUUGGAUCUCAGUGAUAACAGGUUUUCGGGUUCCAUCGACAGGUACCUCCUUACAUUACCUGAAAUAAGUACUAUCAAUGUAUCUGCAAAUGUCUUCACAGAUAUUGUGGUGAUGAGUCGUCUAGACCAACAUAGCCAGCUUCAGCUCUUAGCUGCCAAUCAUAACCGCCUUCAUGGUCAUUUACCGGUAAAUCUAAUCACGUACGAGAGCCUGAAGGAGAUCUAUCUCGGGCAUAACUUGUUUUCUGGUUGGAUCCCAAAGCAGUUUGGUGCAAAACUGGAUGGACCCUGGAGAAGUCUAUUCCUGGAAUACAACUACCUGGAAGGGACUCCACCCUUGGAGUUCAUCCAGGGUAGGAGAAAAAUUAGGGGUAGCCUUGCGCACAAUUGCCUUAAGUGUCCUGGAAAUGUAACAUUCUGUCAUGGAGGGCAAAGGGCACCUGGAGAUUGCGCCGCCCGGGGCGGUGGCGGGGAAGAGUAG